GCAAAACAACAAUUUACUAAAGAUAUACAAAAUGAUAAUAAUAUUAUAUAUAAUAGAAAACAACUUAUAGGAGACAAGGAUUAUUGUUCCAUAAUAGAAUAUCAAAUGCAUACAAAGUACAACAUUCAAGAACAUAAUUAUAAAAUUGAUAACUUGGUUAAAAUACAAAUUGCUAAGAUUAAUUAUAGACCUGGCAAUUGUUGCACUCUUUUUUGUAAAAUAUUAUUGGUACUUCCCAACAAUAUAUAUUAUCUUGUAUGCCAACUUGGUAUUUUUAAAAGAGUAUUUUUUGCUAGUGAAGUUUUACCACUUAGACCAAAAGAAUUUUCUGAGUUGGACAACUCUUUGAUCUAUAUAUCUGUUAGUAUUGUUGAAGCUGCAAGGCUACAAUUUAAUACUCUUGCUAACAAUAAAAAUUGUAACUGCAAAGGUAAUUGUUUUAAAGCAAAUGCUUUUGUAAAAAAACAAACAAUUUAUGUGAAAGUGGAUACUAUCUAA